UGUGAAACUGCUGCAGCUGGACACACGCGGAGCGCUGAAGGCUAUGGUGGGAGAAGAAGCACACGAGCCUCCAGCGAGUUUAAUCGACUGUGACCGACGUGCUGCCGUGUAUCCCGUGAAGAGAAGAUGUCCGUGAACGAGGUGUACGUGUUCCGACCCUUCAAGCUCAUCGCGCUGCUGUGCGUCUUCCUGGCACUGUGCUUGGACGUGGUGGCUCUGCUCAGUCCAGCCUGGGUCACCGCGGAGCAUUUCUCCCUGUCUCUCUGGGAGUCGUGCUCCCAGUCCGAGCCGCGGCAUCCGACGGAGGACGCUCAGUGGAGCUGCUUUUCCACCCUCACAUCUGACUGGCAGAUCGCCACCCUGGUGUUGCUAGGUGUCGGUGCCGCCGCAACUCUGGUGGCCUUUUUAGUGGCCCUUAUUUCUCUCUGCAGGGGAACACAAAGACAGCACUACCGCACCGUGGCAGUAUUCCUCUUCACUGCAGUGGUUCUGCAGGCCUGCGCUCUGGUCCUCUACCCGAUUAAGUUCAUCGAUGGAACAGUCCUGCAGACUUAUCACGAGUUCAACUGGGGCUAUGGGCUCGGCUGGGGGGCCACCAUCUUCAUGCUGGGUGGAGGAAUCCUCUUUUGCCUGCGGACGGACAUGUAUGAGGAUGCGAUGUACUGAACUCUUUUUGAACCCCCGCUGCUCUGCUGGAGAUACAUAAGCAUAGAAGAGCACAGAGCCUAUGUGUCCAUUUCCCUUGCUGUGUUUUUCUCACUGUUAUUUUUAGGUAGGUUGUGAAGGCCUAAUUUAGGCCAGGGCUGUAGGACUAGAUUGCCCCCCCACCCCCCACUCCACUGUCCAUGCAGUCAGUAGGUCUCCCAGCCCAGCUGGUAUCGGGGGCGAGGUGGCAAAACUAAAGCGCAGAGAGCUUUCUGGACACGCUCGAGCCACCGACACUGGACGCUUCCACUAAAUCUCUAUUGUUAGAGAGAAACAGGAGAGUAGAUCCUCACAGACCUGAAUGUGCAGUGGUUGAAUAUUUAAUGGGACUGACUUAUCACAUUUCCUUUUUUCGUAGCUUUUCAUGAGGUUAAGCUGCUUGUCAGUUUAUUUAUGGCAUAAUUUUACACUUUAUAAAUAUUGAAAACCUCACCUCCUCCCAUGUGUUAGGCAAAACAUAUCUAAUAACUGUAAAUUACUCAGCUUUGAGAUAUGCUAUUGAGUGUUCAUACUUUUAUUUUAUUGUUUUGUUUUUUUAAUAAUCACACCAGUUUGUCUCAAAUGUAAAUGUGUAUAAAAUAUUUCUACAUGAAGAAUUCUGAAUAAAUAACUGUAGUUUUGGGAGCAUUUGAAGUGAAAAAUUGUUGCUUUCAGUACCAUGAAAUGACAUGCGGACACCAGCAGCUCUCACGCUGACCUGUGACUGAUUUUAAGACGGAACCACGAUGAGUGCCCCCUUUUUUUGACAGCAGGGGGACAAAAAUGCAAACCACUUUCAUUAUCCAGAGCACACAUUCCUCAGUGGAAAACGCCUCCUGCUAUUUAAAGAGGCGCCACCAGGUUACAUGUAUGUGAAG